GCGAGCGUCCUGUCAGUCAUGACGUCACCGCGGCCCCGCCCACAUCAGAGGACAGUCCAUCUGAGGACCACCUGUCCUCUGGGCUGCUGUUGAUCCGGGUCCUGCACAGAAGAUGGGGGCAGCAGGGGSGUUCGGCCUGGUUCUGGUCGCCGCGGUUCUGUUCGGGACCCGGGCCGAAGUGCUCGAUGACAUCAUGGACAGCCUGUCGCGCGGAGUCUCCUUCCUGGAGCGGCAGCACGCGCACAUCAACCUGGACGGAGCGGUGGGCUACGUCAUGCUGCAGGCUGAGCUGAAGGAGGCGGUCAGGACCUGGCCCCACACGGACCCGGUCAGCUGGGCUCAGAGGACCACCGCCAACGCUCUGCUCAGACGUUUGGACCAGAACCUGGACAAGUCCGUCACGGCCCUGAGGCAGAACGACCCCAAAUACUACCAAGAAUUUGAACCCCUGCUGACCUGGAGGUUCUGGCUGACCCCUCAGGAGUGGCGCUCCACAGAUCCCAGUCUGGUUUAUCCCUCCACCAUGACCUCGGAGUGCUACGAUGAGCAGCUUAGUGACAAGUGUCUGACUCUGCUGCUGGGAACCUGGAAGAUGAACGGGACGCCUUGCAUCGUCACCAAACCCUGUCGAGACACCAUGACCCGCUUCGGUUGUCCACAUUACUCCCUGUCCCACCAGCUGCUCUACUUCAUGAUCGGCAGAAUGAGAGGCUGCAACGACCUGCUGAAAGGUGACACCAGAGCAUCCAGAACCAACAUGACCCAGAAGAACUACCAGGAGAUCUUCUGCUCCAACAUGAUGAAGACCAACCAGGACAUCAUCACAACCGGUUUGACUGAACAGACGAUUGACAUCUUCAUUGAAAACAUCCUCAUCUGUGGAUUGGCUGGAUUCUCAGAUUUUUACAAAGCUGAUUGGCUGCAGCACAUUGUUGGGAUGCAGGACGGGGAGGUUGGGUGCUUUGGAAGGGACAGGAAUAUCGUCUCUCAGAUGAUUGGAGAUGAACUUCUGGAGCAGCUGCAACCACACAGGAGGGUGAAGAGAAGGGAGAAGAUCCUUCCAG